UGGAGGGGUGCGGGGGAAAGGGGCAAAGAGUGGGAGGAGGCCGAGAGAGGAAGGAGGCGUAGGCAGAGGAGGAAGAGGGAGGAGGGGCAGGGAAGUCUAAGCGGAGAAGAGGCCCAAGACUCCAAAGGAGAGAAGAGGGUGCGCUGGAGCUCCCCUGCUGACCAACGGCCGUCUUUUGGAUCUCUUCAAGAGCGAGUCACACAGAGACGAGGAAAGGAGGAAGAGACGUUUAUGUCGGCUGACAGAGAAACUCUACCCGUCACCGUUGCCUCACAUCCGGGGCUUUGGAGGGCUGGCCGUCGCGGUCCCGCCCCCACCUCGAGCCUUUCAUGGCGACCGGAGGCGGAGGCUGGAAGAGCUGGGACUGGCGGAGGCCCCUUUAAAUCUCCUUAAAGGGGUGGCCACUGGGCUCGGCAGACUACAACUCCAGCCUUAAAGGGGAAGUCGCCGAACUGAAGCUGACAAAUUGAAAACUGUGCUGUGGGGAGAACUGGAGCCAGUGAGGAUUCUUACCUCUUCCCCCCACUCCAGAAGUCCUUUAAAUUCAGCUUAAAGGGGAAGUGGCCGCUUGUGGAGUACUGGAAACAAACUACGACCCUGUAAAGCGGCGGCCUGCUGUUUUGAGGACCCUGGACUCCUUAAAGGGGUGGCCUCUUUUAGCCGGAGGACUUGAGACACUUUUAAAGGGAAGGUUUGCGUUUCGGGGCGAGCUUUCGGUCCCUUUUAAAGGGGGUGGUCCUUCCUCUUCUUCGGGGAGUCUAGUCUCGACCCCUGGCAGGGGGCGGCCACCGCACUAGGCCGGCCGGACACCGUCGAGUUGUCUUAAAGGGGCCAGGGGCUGGACAACUUGAGGUUUCGCCUUAAAGGGACGGCCGCCCCUUUUUCGCCGUCUCGUCCCCUCCGGCCCCACGGGAGGGGGGGUGACCCUCCGGCUUGUCGCCCCGGGGGCGGCGCCGGCUCCCCAGACCUUGGCCUUGGGGCAAGCUCAGGGCCAGCAGAAUCUACUUUAAAGAGGAAGCGUGGCCUUCUCGUCCCUGUGCAGCCGCCAACGCCGCGCCUGCGACCCCGGGCCUGCGGACAGGCCGCUUCGGGCCCCGCCGCCUCCGGAUGCGGCACUGAGGGCGGUCGCCAUGGAGACGGCCGCGGCUCCCGGCCCGGGCUGGGCAGUUGAGGGAGAGCGGCGGCGGCGGCGCUGCUCGCGCCGAGACCGAGACCGGGAGCAGCGGCGCCGCCGAGGUCCUGGCGGCGACGCACCCCGGGCCCUGCUGGCCGCCCCGCGAGGAUCCUCGUCCUCAUCGUCGCCGCCGCCGCCCGCCAGGCCCUGGUCGUCAGCUUCGUCUGGAGAGCGGCCUGGAGGCCCGAGACGGCGGCGGCCCCGUCCCAGGCCUCGGCCACCGCGACCCCGAGCUCGGAAGCGCCCUGCCGGCUCCGGUAGUCGCGGAGAGGAAGAGGAGGAGGAGGAGGGGGGUGCAGACGACGGAGAGGCCGAGGAGGAGCUUGAAGAGGAGGAAGAAGAGGAGGAGGACUUGAUCGAUGGCUUUGCCAUCGCCAGCUUCGCCAGCCUUGAGGCCUUGCAGAAGGAUGCCUCUCUUCAGCCCCCAGAACGAUUGGAACACCGGCUAAAGCAUUCUGGGAAGCGGAAGAGGGGGGGCUCCACUGGGGCCACUGGGGAGCCAGGGGACAGCUCUGAUCGGGAGCCUGGGCGGCCCUCUGGAGAUCGUGCCAGAAAAUGGCCCAAUAAACGGAGAAGGAAAGAGGCCUCCUCCCGUCACUCUCUAGAAGCUGGAUACAUAUGUGAUGCGGAAAGCGAUCUCGACGAGAGGGUCUCCGAUGAUGACCUUGAUCCAUCCUUUACUGUCUCAACCAGCAAAGCCUCGGGCCCUCAUGGCGCCUUUAAUGGGAACUGUGAAGCAAAACUCUCCAUAGUCCCUAAAGUGUCGGGCCUGGAGCGGAGCCAGGAACAGCCCCCCGGGCCCGAUCCGCUGCUAGUGCCUUUCCCCCCGAAGGAACCACCACCUCCACCAGCCCCUCGGCCUCCUGUCUCAGCCCCAGCAUCCCUGCCGGCCGCCCCCAGUCUGCCACCCCCACCCCAGCUGCAGCUUCGGGUCUCACCCUUCGGCCUCCGCACUUCUCCCUAUGGCAGCAGCCUGGACCUCAGCACUGGCAGCUCUUCACGGCCGCCCCCCAAGGCCCCGGCCCCUCCCGUGGCUCAGCCUCCCCCCUCAUCAUCCUCUUCGUCCUCUUCCUCCUCAUCUGCCUCCUCCUCGUCCGCGCAGCUCACCCACCGGCCCCCGACGCCCUCACUGCCCCUGCCUUUGUCCAACCACGGCUUUCCUCCCCCUGGGCUGCGGCCCCCCCCCCCACCACACCACCCCUCCUUGUUCUCCUCUGGCCCCACCCUGCCCCCACCCCCACCCCUGCUGCAGGUGCCAGGGCACCCUGGGGCCUCAGCCGCUAACGCCCUUUCUGAGCAGGACCUGAUCGGCCAGGACCUGAACUCUCGCUACCCCGAGGUGGUGGGGCCAGGGGGCUCAGCCAGGCCCCUGGCCUUCCAGUUCCACCAGCACAACCACCAGCACCAGCACACCCACCAGCAUACCCACCAGCACUUCACCCCUUAUCCCCCGGGUCUGCUGCCACCCCACGGCCCCCACAUGUUUGAGAAAUACCCAGGAAAGAUGGAAGGCCUUUUCCGGCAUAAUCCGUACACGGCCUUCCCUCCUGCAGUGCCCGGUCUACCUCCGGGCCUCCCGCCGGCUGUCUCCUUUGGCUCCCUGCAGGGGGCCUUCCAGCCCAAGAGCACGAACCCCGAGCUGCCACCACGACUGGGGCCAGUGCCGAGCGGGCUUCCCCAAAAGGGGACACAGAUCCCUGAUCAUUUCCGGCCACCUUUAAGGAAACCAGGGAAGUGGUGUGCCAUGCACGUGCGUGUGGCUUACAUGAUCCUGAGACACCAGGAAAAGAUGAAGGGUGACUCCCACAAGCUUGACUUUCGGAACGACCUCCUGCCCUGCCUUCCAGGGCCCUAUGGGGCCCUGCCCACUGGCCAGGAGCUCUCCCACCCAGCCGCCUCCCUCUUCACUGCGACUGGUGCCGUCCACGCUGCAGCCAACCCUUUUACGGCAGCUCCCGGGGCCCACGGACCCUUUCUGAGCCCCAGCACCCACAUUGAUCCCUUUGGGCGUCCCACAAGCUUCGCCUCCUUGGCUGCUCUCUCCAAUGGGGCCUUUGGAGGCCUGGGCAGCCCCACAUUCAACUCCGGCGCCGUCUUUGCCCAGAAAGAAAGCCCAGGGGCACCACCAGCCUUCGCCUCCCCGCCAGAUCCAUGGGGUCGCCUGCACCGCAGUCCUCUGGCCUUUCCUGCUUGGGUCCGGCCCCCUGAGGCUGCUCGGACUCCAGGCUCAGACAAGGAGCGGCCUGUGGAGCGGAGGGAGUCUUCUCUCACCAAGGAGGAGAAAGACAGGGACCUCCCCUUCUCACGGCCCCAGCCCCGAGUAUCUCCUGCUACUCCCAAGACCCGGGCUGGUGAGGAAGGGGCCAGGCCAGCCAAGGAAUCUGUGCGGGUAAAGGAAGAACGGAAAGAGGAGGCUGCUGCUGCUGCUGCUGCCGCUGCAGCCGCCGCUGCUGCCGCUGCUGCCGCCGCCGCUGCCGCCACUGGGCCUCAGGGCCUUCACCUGCUGUUUGAGAGGCCCCGGCCAUCCCCCUUUCUUGGCCCAGGUCCUCCUGAGCGCUGUGCUGGCUUCCUGGAACCAACCUGGUUGGCAGGGCCCCCUCGCCUUGCAAGGCCACCCCGCUUCUAUGAGGCGGGUGAGGAGCUGACUGGACCGGGAGCAGUGGCUGCUGCCCGCCUCUAUGGUCUAGAGCCUGCCCAUUCUCUGCUAUACAGCCGUUUGGCUCCUCCACCACCACCUACUGCAGCCCCAGGAACCCCUCACCUGCUCAGCAAGACCCCACCAGGAGCCCUUUUGGGGGCACCACCUCCACUUGUGCCCGCCCCUCGGCCUAGUUCCCCACCUAGGGCCCCUGGCCCAGCCAGGGCUGACAGGUGAGGGAAGGGGAGGGGCAGGGGCAAAGCUCCAUCCCCCUUUCCUUUUGAUAAGGUCCUAGAGCUGAGGUUUUAAGCCAGGGCUGGAGGGCAAAGGUCAUGACCUCACCAGCCACCUCUGAGUUCAUGGAACCUGAGAGCAGAGCCCCAGCCCCCAUAAGAUCAAGCAUCUGAUGAACCUUGGGGUCAUCGGGAGGGCAGAGGUCACAAACCUCUAGAGAGGAGUGUGUGUGUGUGUGUGUGUGUGUGUGUGUGUAUACACAUACAUUAGAAUGGGGGUCAUUUCAGAGGUCAUAGCUCAUGAUCUCCUGAGGUGCACCAUUGCCCCCUCUGAGGGCCCCUAGGCCCUUGGCCUGCCUCCCCAAGGGCUCACUAAGCCAGAGGCCAAAGUGCCCCCCCUCCCCUUCACCUACCACCCAAGUCCUCAUGCCCUCUCAGGGCUGGGGAAGGAGGGGCUACAGGAAGGGGGGUUCCAUGUACAUAUUUAUCUCCCCUUUCACAUAGCCCCCAGACUUUUGUACAUUUUUACAGGGGUGCCCCUCCCAGUAAUCCCCCCUUCCUGAUUAAUUAAAUCCUCAGACUGGUGCUGUGUUUCUGGCCUCUGGCUUCUCUGUGGGGGAGGGGGGGUGAGAUUGCAGGGGGAAGAGCUGGAAGGGGACAGGCAGGCCCAAGGCUUAUCCCUCAGAAUAUGAGGUCCAGCAGGAAGUGGACCAACAGGAGAAGGGACCUGGGUGCCUAUGCUGGAAAGAAGGGCAAAUGCUUCCUGCUUGGCUGACAGCCCAGGUUCCCCCUACUUCUUCCUAUUACCUCUGAGUGCCCCCAUCCCCAAAAGGCUCAACCUUUAAACUUCAGAGUCUACUUCUUUGUUAGUGGCUCAGUCUCCUCACUCCAUUUCCAAGUGCCCCCAGGAUUCCUGGGCCCUGCUCUCUAGAGCCCUAUUCCCAGCACCCUGCCCCAGACUAGAAGGAGGGCCAGAGAAGGUCACCAUGUACCACACACCAAAGAAGGGGGUCAGCUUGGGGGUGGGCCACACAGGCAGCUUCUUCAGCAGCCUCGGCAGCAGCCCUAGCCUUCCCACAGCAGCAGGUGCCUCCAGGCUGGGUCCCAGCCUAGAAGGCAGGGGUCAGGUUAACAAAAUAAUGUUGACUUUUUUCCCAGGUGGGGCUUAUUCUGUAACAUGACUUGCGGAUAUUUAUAUAAAAAUGAGUGUUACAAUGAG